GGGUUUUGAAUGCGUGACAGGAGCUUGAGGUAAAGAUGUCGAAAUUCGUUUGUAUUUUCACUUCAAGCUUUUGAUAAACUUUCAUGUUGUGUACGUGUUUUAGAGUAGCGGUUUAGUCCUCUGAACGGGCCAUGUCUCUUGGUAAUACGUGUUUGUUAACAGAAGGGGACCGCUUACAUGUAGGGUCUCCGCCUUUGUUUUGAUUAAAUGAGCGGUAACACUCAGGGCUGAAGACCUGGUCUCACUCCACAGAGCCUCGGACCAAGGGUCAGACCACACCUGUCACGAUGUGUAAAUCGCCAAGUGAUGAUAAACAGGAAAUCGUGGUUUGGUUAUAACACAGAGAACCAAAAAGGCUUUUUUCAUCACCCACACAUCACUCACUCUUGUGGUCACAGUCGGGGGAGAACAGUCCGAGAAGCCAGGUCUUUAGCUUGACGAAAGCUGUGGUGGGCAGCGUGUUUUAAGCACUGUGUGUGAUAUACCCUCUCUUCUAUAGGGAUUCGUGUUAAAGGAUGGCGUUUUCUACAUUUAUCGUGAUCUGUCUGGAAAUUCUCUGUCUCCUUGUCAACUCCUUGGAUUCAGCACCGUCUGAAAGCCAACUGAAUCUGCCGAGUUUCUGCGACAAGGAAUGCCCGCCGUUUGAAAGCCUGUGCUCCACGACAGACUACGAGGUUCGGCGCUACGCCAGCGCCAUGUGGGUCUCCACUACCGAGUACGGCGACUCAGGGUUCUCUAUGGGGCAGCUCCGGGCAGCAGAGAGACUCGUCAUGUACAUACAGGGGGACAAUAGCAAAGGUGUAAAGUUGCCUCUGACGGUACCUCUCGUGACGCAGCUGAGCAUGUCGGGAGACGCGGUUACCGUGUCGACCCUGGUGUCCAGAAAACUCCAUGCAGACCCUCCAACCCCUCGGCAUCCAAAGGUAGUACUUGACGUUCUGCCGGAGACUGUCCUGUACGUCCGCCCGUUCUCAGGGUACACCACCCGGAGUCUGGUGAAGGCACAGGCACAGAAACUCUUCAAGUCGCUCCAGAGGAACGCCGAACCAUUUUACGGCGAGCAGGACUACUUCUACGUGGCCCGCUAUCCCAGUCUGGACGCGUACAAAACACCCAAACCGCGGAACUGGAGACACUGUCUGCUGUACGGAGAUGCCCACGAGUGCGACUCAUACAGGGCACAGAAACGUAGAACCUCCUCAUCAAGCAGACGGGGCAGGAGGUAUAACGAGAUCUGGGUGUUCGCCACCAACGAGCGGACCCAGAACUACCGCCAGUUCGUCUACGGGAGAGAGUUCAGCUUCCUGAACGUCCCGUCAUGCCUGAGGGGGGCCGGAAACGACCUACUGAAGAAAUGGGGACCUCCUCUUCAGGAGUCGGUCCACUGGAUGUGGAAGUCGCAGUGUGGGGACAAGUUUUGUACAUCAAAAAGUUGCCCGAAGUACAAGGUGCUGGAGACUCACAAAGCUGGGUUCGAGACGCGGAGUUAUGGGAACCUGCACCUGAUAGGUCACAUGCCGGCCACGUGUCAUUACGACUACGUGGAGCCGCUGGGAACAGAACCAAUCAAACGGCACAUGAAUAAAACAGACGAGCUGUCCAGGUUCUCCGCAGACAUGUUACCGCGCAAGGCCACGUUCAUCACCCAGCGGUACAGGAAGGGUCACGAGGGAUGCGACAAGUUCUUCCUCUUCUACUACCCUGUAGCAGACGUCAGCGAACUCAACCUGAAACGAGCCCUCUUGUUGAAGCGCUUUGACUACCUGGACACGUACGUCAGAUGUUUCACCGGUUACGUCAGUCCUGACGUCAUCAUGGACCAGGCCCGUUACCUUAGCAACCAGCUCCAUGACAACGGGCUGUGCCGCGUGAGGGACAGGGUGACGGUGGCGGAGUACGACAGCCAAUCACGGCUGUUCGAUCGGCAUAACGAAAUCCUUUUUGACGCAGUAGAUUGCAAGAAGCCCCAGGAGCGUUCGCCAGACUUUGUCUUCGAUUUGCCUGUCAGUGACAAGAAAUACACACUACCAGAUAUUGGAGACAGAUGCCUCAAGAGAGAAUGUGCAUCGUUCAAGACUUUGAAGAAAUACGAGAACUUCAGGAAGAUGACGAGUGCUGGCAACAAUAAGUGGGCGUGUGUGGAACAGAAGUCAUGUGACCUGGAGUCGGCACGUGAUUCGUCCUUAAACCGCCUCUUGUCUUACAUCAACGGGAAGAACAGCGCAGGCGCAGCUAUGGACUUGGUCAUGCCUCUGGCCAUAACGGUGAACAUGACGGCAGGGAAGCUGGAGGAAUGUGCGUGGACGAUCACCACAUGUCUGCCGGUCCCACACAAGCACCAUCUGGACGUGCCAUGGGCGCUGGACACUGAGGUUGUGAUUACGAGUCUCUGGGAGGAGCCGGGGUUCUUCCAGCCUUUCCCCGGCGCGGUGACCACGGACAGAGCGAUGGAUGUGUACACACAGUUCCGACACCUGCUACACGACAUGCGGACCGUUAGGAAAGAGGUCUUCAGUAUUCUGAUGUACGAUUCGGAUGGGGCCGGAAAAGAGGGCUACAACGAACUCAUCAUCAUGGAGGAUGAAACUGAAUCUCCAUCUCUUUAUCGUGACCAGACACCGGGAAAAAACAAGGCGUAUAAGCGAGAACACGCCGUGAAGGACGAGGCACCGCGAGAUCCCGCGAGAAAAGCCGAGAUCGUCUACGUCCCGAUGCCGCCCAGGUGCAAAACCACCGAAUGCAUGCCGAUAAGGAAGACCAAGGACUUCGGCGACUUCUGGGAGAUAACAGUAACAGAUUACAAGGGCGUGUGCCAUUUUGAAAUUGGCUGUGGAGUCCAUCACUCGGGAAGGAAGGUCUUCCGCCCCCUUCUUAAAUACUUCGCCGGAGACAACGUUGGAGGAAUCCCUCUGGGCAGUCUUACGGCGCCUCUGUUCUUCAAUUACCAAGGCGUGGUGCUGAUGGGUUCCGCUGAAGAAGGGAGCUGCAGUUUACCGUAUGAAAUCUGCCUGCCGCUGCCAAAGGCUUUCCGAGGCAGGGAUGACCAGAUUGCUGCACUUAAUAACCACACAAACUUGUACACUCGAGAUGAGGUGAAGGCGUACAUCACGAGAGUACACGAGUACCCACUUCUCGCGAGAACAAUCCGAGAACACGGGAUACGCCUCAUGGAUCGCCUGGACCAGGAAGGAGUGAGAUACGACAAGGAGGCGCUGUUAGCCUUCACGUAUGACGACAACUUCACACCGCCGAGCCAGAGAGUCAGCUAUGUCGGCUUCGGCAACCCCAUCAGCGGGAAUGGCCAUGCUUAAAACGCCUCCGCCCCUAAGGCGUCGCCAAAAAAUAGCCAAGCACUGACGUUAUGCCAUGACAAGUUAGACGCAUACCGUAUGUUGUGUCAGUAAGAGGGCCAACUUCAAUGUCAAGGCCAUGGAGCCCAACAGAUUCGCAGAACGAUUGUAUAUAUAUAAACAUCUACGAACUUCCAACAUUGAAAGAAUGUAGUAGUUUAACAUAGUGCGCCUGAGUUGGCAUUAAGAUAUGUUUAAAAGCUGUACUAACACUGGCAUGCAGAAUACUGAUUAACAUACCAUAGUGACCUUCCUUACUAUAAUGUCUAAUUAA